UGGCGGUGCUCGCAGGGACGUGCCCCGUGGGUGCAGCUCCAGGCGCCGGGGAUGCGGUGGGGCAGCGCGGGCGGGACGGACGGAUGGGGAGCGGGAUCUGUCGCCGCCACCCCUCUCGCUGAGCUAUUUCCAGAGCUGCGGGGUGACGCGUUCCUCAGGGGCAGCGCCCUGCCCGCCCCGCCCGCUCGGGGAGGGCGGGGGGUGGCCCCUGGGGAGCGCCAGGCCGGGCCGGGGCAGUAACUCCGGCGCUGGCGGCUUGUCGCCGCCGGGAGCGGCGGUGACUGGUUGUGCUGUGUCCUGGACUUCUGCAGCAGCUAAUAAGUAACUCCUGAUGCCAGAAUAACUCCUGAUUCCAAAGGUUGGCAGAUAUCAUUUGAGCUCUCAUUUCAGAGGAAAACCGCUGUUCGUUGGGCUUAGCGUGGGUAAAUGCAAAGUUGCAGCUGAAAUAGCGCUUUCCAAUCUGCUGACAACUUCUGCAAUGCAGGACAGCAGCUCAGACAUUGAGCAUGAUUUUCCAGAAUCUUUCGAGACAGAUUAUGAAAGUUUGGCAUAUGCCUCGGGAGGAAGCUGCCUGUUCACUGGUUUCAGCACAGAGCUUUGGGCAAGUGAUCUGACUUUCUUGGAGCUCAAUGAAUCUGUCAGGAAAAGCGAGCGAAAAGAAGGUGCUUGAUGAAAACGAGCUGCUGGAAGUCUGCUGCGUUUCCCUUGGGAAUAAGCUUUCUGAAAGGGAAUUUCUGCUGGCGCCGCGGUGCAGCCCUGCCUGCCAGCGUCCCUGUCUAAUGCAGCCGCAGAAAUCCCAUGUUUACCUUCAGUCCCAGGAAAAACUAAGAUAGGAAAAUGCAAACAGAGGGAUGCAGCUACUUUUGCGUAACGUUCUGUUUAAUCUUUACUCGCGUUGGGGUUUUUUAUCGCCCGGCCGGCCACAGCAGUGUGGGACGGACCGCACGGAGCCGUACGGUGCCGACAGCGCAUAACCGGGCACGGGUCAGAGAGGGACACGCUUCCCGGCUGCUGCCGGGGCGAGCCCGCGGCGCUGGGAGGGCAGCCCUGGCAGGAGAGGUGCGCUCGCACCUCCGCAGGACCGCAGGUUUCCCUUCGCCACGGCGCUGCCCCGCAGCCCCGCUCAUCGAGAUGGCGGCGGGCGGCCGCCAUUUCCCACCCCUCAGCAGACCGCGCCCCGCCCGGCCCGGCCCGGCCCUGCCCGCUCGGGGGCGGUGCCGCAGCGCUGUCCCUGCUUCCCUGGGAGCGCCCGGCUCCGCAAGUCCCUCCUCCGCCUCGGCAGUGCGGGCCGCCUUCUUCCCUCCCUCUCCCGGCCGUAGCCUCCUCCGGCGGCAGCGGCGGUGCCCGCCGGCCCCAUGGCGGCGGAGCCCCAGCCCAAGGCGCUGACUCGCAAGCCCCUCCUGCUCAACAAAGUGGAGGGCUCGCAGGAGGUGGUGAACAUGGCAGCGAUAGUGCCCAAGGAGGACGGGGUCAUCAGCGUCUCGGAAGACAGAACAGUUCGUGUCUGGCUGAAGAGAGACAGUGGGCAGUACUGGCCCAGUAUAUACCAUGCAAUGCCAUCUCCAUGUUCAUGCAUGUCUUUUAACCCGGAAACCAGAAGGCUGUCCAUAGGUCUAGACAAUGGUACAAUCUCAGAAUUCAUUUUGUCAGAGGAUUACAACAAGAUGACACUAGUGAAAAGUUACCAGGCUCAUCAAAGCAGGGUCAUCAUGAUUCUGUUUGUCCUGGAGAUGGAGUGGGUGUUGAGCACGGGACAAGACAAACACUUCACGUGGCACUGCUCGGAGAGCGGCCAGCGGCUGGGCGGGUACCGCACCAGCGCAGGCGCCUGCGGCCUGCAAUUUGAUGUGGAAACCCGGCAUGUGUUUGUUGGUGACCAUUCUGGUCAAGUGACCAUCCUCAAACUAGAGCAAGAGUCCUGCAGCCUUGUCACCACAUUUAAGGGACACACAGGUGGUGUCACUGCUCUCUGCUGGGACCCAAUACAGCGAGUUUUAUUCUCAGGCAGUUCUGAUCAUUCCAUUAUAAUGUGGGAUAUUGGAGGAAGAAAAGGAACAGCCAUCGAGCUGCAAGGACACAAUGAUAAAGUUCAGUCUCUCUCCUAUGCUCACCACACUCGGCAGCUCAUCUCCUGUGGUGCAGAUGGGGGAAUCGUUGUCUGGAACAUGGAUGUUGAGAGGCAGGAGACUCCGGAGUGGCUGGAUAGUGACUCCUGUCAAAAAUGUGACCAGCCUUUCUUCUGGAACUUCAAGCAGAUGUGGGACAGCAAGAAAAUAGGCCUCAGGCAGCAUCACUGCCGGAAGUGUGGGAAAGCCGUGUGCGGGAAGUGUAGCUCCAAGCGCUCCUCCAUCCCGCUGAUGGGCUUCGAGUUUGAAGUGAGGGUCUGCGACAGCUGCCACGAGUCCAUCACGGAUGAGGAGCGGGCGCCUACAGCUACUUUCCAUGACAGUAAGCACAACAUUGUUCACGUACACUUCGAUGCCACCAGGGGAUGGCUGCUGACCUCGGGGACAGACAAGGUCAUUAAGUUGUGGGAUAUGACACCAGUAGUGUCUUGAUGUUACAUCAGUGGAACUUGAAAGGUGAUAUUUACAGAAGAAAUGGAUUUCCUAACCCCAAUUAUACUGCAGAAGAUAGAGAAUACUGGGCACAUACGGCUGAUGAGAAAGGAACUAAUGUGUUUACAACAACUUUAUGUCCUCUGCUUCAUCCAGGCUGAACAUUUGCACGAAGACUCUUUCCACUUCUUCUCAAAAUAUACAAGAAGGUAUUUUUUUAACUAACGGUUUGUAUGAUCUGACUUUGGUUGUCUUGAGUUUGUUUGGAAAAAUCUGUGUGCAGUGCAAUUUUUAGUUUUUAUAUUUUCAGUAUGUCAAGACACUUGCUGCUUUGUACAGAGAGUUCUUGGAUUGUAUCUUCCUCUGUGAGUUUUUGGUGUCAACAGACUGUGUAAGGCAAUUGGCUCUCCCUGCAGCCAGUACCUGUUGGUUUGGGAUAUUUCUGCUGACCAUGCUCUCUCCAGAGGAGGAAAUCCAGGCACAGUCUCUGGGUGCAUCACCGAGGAGCUGAUGGACUAUUGCAAUUCCUAAAAGGGCUCUACCAUCUAUUUGUCCUAGUGGGCAUCAUCCAGAGAGCAUUCAUUGGGCUGUAUAAUCUUCCUGCCUCUCCCUUUGCUGCACAAGUCGCAGAACCAGGGGUCAGGUUAUUCAGCAACUGAUUUCUACAGAAAACUGAAAUAGUUUUCCAGCUCAGAGCAUUCUAAGGAGCACACAGACUUGUUUGAAUUUGAUGAUGCUGACAGUCUGAUUCAAAUGAAAUUAUUGGCAACAGGAACUUUUGGGAGUGUGUGCAUGGAGGGGGGCAGAUCUAAAACUGGUCUAGAUCUGAAAAGUCUGGUUUAUCUCUACCUCUACCUCUACCUUACACAGCAACAUUUCAGCAUUUAUACCUGUCUGUGUUGUUGAAGGUGAAUUUUGUUCUUCCUGUUUUCCAUAUGGUUAGUCAUAUUUAUUUUUUUAAAUGCUGAUGGUUUUUAUUAAUUUUCUCUAUAGACCCAGAAGUGAUAUUGCUGAAUGAUGCCCAUUGUCCUAUUGUCAUACUUUACAGUUUCUCUUAAAAAUAAACAGUAUUUAAAAACCUG